AAUCAAUCUAGCUGGAUAAAAAUGCCUCGACGACGUAAUACCAGACCUCUUAUACGGACAGCCUGCGACGAGUGCCAUGCACACAAGCUUCGCUGCCAACAGCUCCACGACAAGCCGCCAUAUCAGUGCACGCGCUGCUUGCAAAGGAAUGUCAUGUGUGUCUUUAGCCCAAGAAAGCAGCGCGCACGGUACUAUCCUGGUAGUGAUACAGCGAACAGUGUCAACUAUUUCAAUAUUCCCGAUAUGCAGCAGUAUACUCGCCUCCAACUUGACAAUGAUACGAACUGGACGGUCGGCGAUGAUAUGAUACAGCUAAGCCAAGAAACACCGUUGAUAUAUAGCGUCCAAGACCAGUACACCAAUAACGAAGCAUUGUCACAACAAGCUACGUUGGAUCAUGACCCGCUGCCAUGGUGUUCGUUGGAAGUCUCAACGUCAUCAACGCCAUCAUUGUCUGAUGGGUGGCUUGCAGACCAACAAUCUGCUUCUGGUGUGCCUCUAGAUGUCUCGCUGGCCUCUGAAAAUGCAUCUACAACAACAAACCCAGUCCGAGUAUUAGCAGAUCUAAACGUCAGUCUGUAUGAGCAUAUGGCCACACUCCCACCAAUAUCAUCAUCCGUCCAAAACCGGGCGCCAUCGACACAUGGCAGAGUAUUUGCUAUUGAUAAGACGUUCCAAAUGACACAGAUGCUAGUCGAUACGCUCAAACAACUACGUCAGUGGCCCUCCUCACCGCCACUACUAUCUACCUAUUUCGACGCUGCCACCGUUCUUCUUAUUCUAUCUUGUUCAGAUCGCAUCUUCAGCCUCUAUAGACUGAUAUUUGGCCACAUGCGUGGCUGUAUCCGCCACAAGAUGACACCAGUUGACAACAACAAUAAGACAAUAUUGAUCCCUCAGCUGCGAAUAGGCAGCUUUACACCACCAACGCCAAGUGCUAUUUCUAUGCAGAUGCUUCUGAUUAUAUUGACGGCCUCGGAGUUGUUUGAUCAGCUACGCGGCGUGUUGGGCAUCUUCUGCCAGCAAAGUAUGGGACAGGAAAGCAGUGACGGAAACAAUGAUAGCAUUACAAAAGACAUAAUAGAUACAGGGAUGGUCUCUAAGCCUGUAAGUGGCAGUCACGGACGCUGGGAAGACUGUGUCGAACUAGGUACCAGUGAGGUGGUGACUGGUGAUACUCCCGUGGAAUUCCAAGACCUACCCGACAUGGGCGUUCUACAGCGCGCUAAAGAGGUUGCUACGGAUAUCUUAAACACCCGGAAGCUGCUUUUAGCUCUGCCAACUUUACGUGGAGAAGGAGCUUUGUGGGAAGUCGUGGGCUAAGAGACCUCAACGUCGUUUGGCACGUACGAGUCUCACCUCGUAUAGAAUCGAAAACAACUACAUAAUCAUUACUGUACGGGGAUAUGAGAUAAAUUUCAAUAUAACAUUCAUGUUAUGGUAUUCUCCAUAGAGUAAAGUACGGAAUAUCCAUCUCUACUUGGUAGUUUCGGGUGCUCCCAUUGCGCUGGGAGGGGGGUGGUACCACUCCUUCUACGUUACGUUACUACCAUCGAUUUUCUUGAAAAAGUCGGGUACAGGCUUUCCCCUUCUAGCAAAAACCUCAACCAUAUCUUCUGGACUUAAUCCCCAGGCAUUGAUAACGGUUGGCGGGCUGGUGCUGUAAUCGAUCGAUCGAAUUACACCAUCCAAGCAAAAGGUGUACAUGUACAUGCUUUUGCCCUCGAUGGGUUU